AUGCCUAGGGUACAGAAAAACAACGAUAUUUCUACUAUCCCGGAGGAGUUAUGUUGUCGGAUCAUUGGCCUAUUAAGCCCACGUGAUAUUGUUGCAUGUUCAUUGACAUGUAGGGCGAUAUAUAAUGCAGUGGAAUGCUCCGCCGAGCUGCAAUAUGCUAUUGAACUAGGAAGGCAAAGACUAAUCGAGGUGCAUCCACGGUCAUUGGCAUCGACAUGGGCGAUGUGCCUUCUCAAGCUCAGGGAGAAAUCAGCUGCAUGGGGUACUCUCAGCCCGCAGACGACGAAAUACUUUUCUGUCAUGUCGCAUUUCGACCACGCAUCCUUUUACCACGAUACGCUGUACCUUACCAGAUGGAUCCGGCGCUUUGAAUCACCAUCCACAGUGAUAUCUCAAGCCAUCGAUCUCCACGGCGCCAUGAUACCCAUAACAAACACACAUCCUGUUGAUCCAACAUUUCACCUCGCAUGUGUCGACGCAUCGCAAGACUUGAGGGUCUAUGUGUCUUAUCACAACGGUCAAACUCACAGUUUCUUUUACCUGUUAUUCGAAUCCAUGUCCACGGACACGGUGCACCCCUUGGUACAUAACUCUAGUAUAAUCUCAAGCCGGAACGAGUUCCCAUGCGAGUUCCAGAGGGAUUUUAUGAGCGUCGCAGUCUUCUGUGAUCGUGUUGCCUCCUCAAUAUCACUUUACAAAUCCCACCCCUUCGACCCCAUAACCGGCAGACCGCCAGUGUUUGUGCGAUCGUUCGUGGAAAUCCUUAAUUGGCAGGAAAAUCACGGUGAUGCAUGCACUGUAGAUGGAGAUUAUCCACUGACAGGUGUACAAUUCCUCAACGCAGAGAGGCUGUUGGUCAUGGCAGGGCUUGGUUAUAUCGAAGUCUACGACAUCAAGGACCUGUGUCAAGUCCCAAAACGGCUGGCGAUAUUUGAACUCCCUUGCGGGGGGCUAUCCAUUGUAUCCUCAACUGCGUCAUACCUCUCACCAAGUUAUGUGCGCCAUGUAUCAGCAGAUAAUCAAUGGAUCUGGAAAACAAACACGAUGGAUCGUUUGAUAUGUGUGAAGACCAGGUUCACUCCGCGCUUCAUUGUCAUAUCCCCAAGGGCGUUCGAUGCAUAUAUGACACCCCUGUGGAUGGAUUCUGAUCCAGUUGCCUGGGAAAUGUGGGGUCCGACAAACUGUCGUUGCUUCCUUCUUGACAAGCGUCACGACAUUUUUGCUGUUGGGGGAACGAGGUUUGCAUGGUCUGCGCCAAUCUCAAACACACAAGAUACAUCAAUACAGCUACAUGUCGCCGACUUCAAUCCAUCCACUGUUGUGCGUGGCAUCGGGCGGGUUAUACAUGAUCCUGUAACAACCAGUGUAUUCACUGACGAUGCUGUAACUACCUCUCUUCCAUAUGUGGAGGUUGUAAGCAGUCAAGUCUAUCCAACCGGCUGCAUAUCUCGUAUCAUGCUAGAUGAGGAGCGACUGCUGCUGUUCACUUCCAGUUACUGCAUGUAUGUUUUCAUUGGUGAUGAACCAGUCAGACGUACUCGAGUGGUGAAAGGGGGACCGGGAACCGCCCAUACAGGCUAUGCUUCAACGUUCAAGAAUAAAGCACACAUGAGUACUUUUCAAUUGAAGGCAGGAGAUAGUAUUGGAGCUAUCACAGCUACUCUCCCCGGUCCACAUCUUGUGCGCAGCGGUAUUGUUGGAAAGCGGGCAGCAGGCCAGUGGGUAACAGGUGGUUUCAAAGCAAAAAUGGAUCGCAAGGAGGCUAUUGAAAUGCUCUGGCUAAAAGACGGCAUGACACCACGCAACGCGUUAGACACAAUCGUCAUGCCGCGCGACGCGCGGGGCGGUGGUAAAGGGACAGUCCCGAGUAAGAGAGGAGAUGCGGGAAGGCCUGAGGAACGAGUCUGCUAA